AUGUCGUCGGGUACUGUUAACUUCCCCGCCAUUCUUGUAACCGUCACCUGUAAUCCGCGCUGGUGUGUCCGCACCCCCCUGAGUGGACGAGAAAGAAAGGAUUUAUCGGAGACUUCGUUCCAGACCCAGGAGUCGACUUUCCCGUAUGAGCAUUCGAUAGGUCGUCUGAGGGUUCGCCGCGGUUCAUUGCUGUGCUUACACACUAGGCUACCCUUCUCCGAAAGCUCCGCGGGACCACCUACCACUAGUCUUCGGCCGGAGGGGUUUAUUGCACAAACGCCGGGACGCAGGCUCCCGAAGAGGGAAGCCCAACGAAUGUCAGAUGCAAAGCCCCGCACCUCAUUAAGAUCAUAUUGGCAUACUCUCCCAAAAAAAAAAGAGCAGACCCCAUUGAAGACGAGAGUGAGGUACAACAAGGCCAUUUCUGCCCACCGCCCUUCUCACGGAGCCGUACGUGGACGUUACCGCUCAUACAGCUACCAGCCGGCAAGCAGUCAGCCUCCCUCAAAAAUGGAAGUAUGGAUGAAUCGACAUCAAAUAGAGGUAUUAGGUUUUUUUUUCAGCAAUAACAGGAGCCGAGCUUUUUUCACAAAAACAUAUGGGUCCCCCCCCCUAUCCACGCUGCGCGCCCUUGACAUUUAUGAGGACUCACUGGCUCCUUCUCCCGUGUACAUCACCGCUUAUGAUAAUUCGAUAAGGCCAGCAAGAGGCAGGCUGAUUGCCGAUGUCCAAAUAGGCCUUAAAAACGCCAAACCUUUUGGUCCACCUUCCAUGUCAUAGAUAUCCUCACUUCAUUCAACUUACUACUUGGAAAGCCUUGGUUGCGUGAGGCCAGAUCCUCCACAUACCAUCAAUGUUGAAAGUUUCCGUUCUGAGGUUCUAUUGUUAAGGUCUCUGCCGAAGUUCAACCGGCAUUGACCGCAGAUUGCGAGAACGUGAGCUUCAUGCCUUCUAUAGAAUUGGGAGGUCAGUUCGUGCCACUAGAGAGUAUGGAGAUGGCUCCUUCCACCCGGUCCUAGACAUCAAUACUCCUGGGUCUCGCCCUUUUGGUCAUACCGUUAUCAUCCGAAGAAAAGAAUACCCGAAGGCUCUUGCCUUGUGUAUAAAGCUUAUAAGGAUAUAACUUUGGGAGGAAAAGAGAAAGCGAGAUAAACCCCACCCCUCUCUUUCCAUAGGAUUCGCGGCAUGUCAAGCCGGUUCUUCGCUUUGGCUAAGAUUAUUCUGCCAAGCGAGUUUCGGCAAGUACAUUGACCCCACACAAAUCACGUUCACGAAACAAAAACUACUUGCUAUAUUUAUAUACGCAAUUCAUUUCGCCUCACUCGACUCUAUAUCUAGCCAAAGGUAAAGACUUGCAUUCUGUUACUCUGAGAAAGAUCCGGUUAUCUUAUGGUUAGGAUUCUUCUUUAUCUUUUAUCUUCCUUACUUUACUUUUAGUUGAAUAAGAAUAAGGAAGGAGGGAGGGAGUCCCUUUUUCGGGAUAGGCAGGAUAUCUUGGUUGGGGAAAACAGGUUAAAAAGAAAGACGAAUGCUCCUCCAUCUGUGGUUAUUGCUUUGGGAUCCUAGAAGCUACUAACUAUUCUAGUUAGCCUGGGCUAAGAAGACCGUGUCAAGCCUUGGAUUCGACUUUGGGCAAUGCCACUUCGAAAGAAAGGGAAUCGGAGAGAUCUUUGAACAGCAGAAAAGACGGAUCUGAGAACAUAGCCAUAGUUACGGUUUCAGGGCUUAGAGAGACUGGACGCGUACCGAACGAAGAUCGUGUCUAUUUACGCUAAAACAAUCCAUAUAGGUGGAAAGCUGGAAGCUUCAAUAGUUCCCCGCUGAACCUUAGAGUGCUAUGAUGGGGUAUUUAAGUUCGUCCCUACAAAAUAAAAUCCGGCUUAGGUGCCGCCACGGAUAGGGCAUCAAGGUUGAAAUCCUUCGAAGAGAGCCCAAUUAACCACUCUUAUCAUUGGAUUGGCUUUCCGCAUCCUCACGGGGCCACUCGGACUUUGAACCUGAAAAUCGAUAAUAUAGUAUGGAAUUAGAGCUCGAGUGGGGCCAUCAACCACAGCACAGGUUGGAUAAUACUAAUGAGACAGACCUCCGAAUCCGCUUAAAGAUGCUUCUUAAGCCUUAGUUCCAGGCAAGAUAAAGACCAGGAUAAAUGGCAAAAAAUUCUGCUGGCACAGUUCGUAGCAUGUCCUAGGUUCUCCAUGAAUCCAAUGAUCCAUUCUCCAUUCUAAUUUCUAAUGAGUCCCCCAUUGCAGGUCCUGGAUUAUUCUUGGCGCAACCAUCAACAUUGACUUUAACAAAAGGAUGGGAGGGAGCUUCCCAUUUGAGAAACUCUACCUCUCGAUGAUUAAGAUCAAGAGCUUUCACUAAACACUUAUGGAUUUCCUUGGCUUUAGCAAUGAUGAGAUCACUAGGAUUAUGAGGAAAAUGAAAAGAAUCAUUAUGUUGCACCUUCUUUCGCCAUGCCCAGAGUUGGUGAAUUGCUACUUAAAAAAUGAAAUGAGAGGCCAUUCAAGCUCCGACACUGUAUGCAUACCAGCACCAUGGAUAUUUUAAUAAAUCUAUUGAGGAAGAAGGAGAGGCUAAUUUCUUUGGCGACGUUGGGUGCCUACCGUCGAGAAAGCGUCAGAAAGCUGGGUGGUCAGCCAAACUCCCUAACUAGUUAGAUAAACCUUUCUCUACAAUGUAAGUCAUCUGUUAAGGAUGGUAAAUAAUAUUAAUAAAAUAUGUACCAGAGGCUAGGCAGAUAGCUACCAUCAUCAUCAUAUAUGUCAUUCCAUAAUAAGUGGCUGCCUUCCAAGCCAAAGGAAAGUACUAUAUUAAGCGGGGGGAGGAACACAGGGGAAGGAAAGAGGCCCCGGAGCUUACCAGCCCAAGCUCAGUAGGCGAAAGCUGUGGGGAGUACUGUGAGUGUCGGAAUUCGCCCGUGUAGGGAACUGCCCUAGCCAAUUGCAAAUGUCUUUCUUCUCAUUCUAUGUCUUAAGCAUAGUGCACGAAAGAAGAGUAUGGCAUCUCUGCUUUAUGCUUGAUAGUUCCAGUAGGUAAGCCAGUCAGCAAGCCUAUUCAUUCCAUGCAAGCAAGCGGGCCAAAGAGUAGUAGGCUUUCAAAGAAUCCCCUUCCCUGCUGUCUGUCCUUUCUUUUCCUUCUUAGCGCGUAGUGGGAAGAGAUGGUGCUAUUGUAUACUUUAUCAUGCGUGCUUUUAUUUUAGGAUUUUAUCUUGAAUUCCCUCAAACUAUAAAUUUUAUAAUCGAAGACAGAUGGUAGCGUAGGAGAUAGGGCCUGAUUGAGUACUUUGCAAUCACCGAACUGCUUUCGCGAACCUUCAAGCUUUAAGGUGUAAAGGAAAGCAUACAAUCUUCAUAGCCUUUUUGUACCGCUCUUACAGAAUCCGAAAUAACCAUUGCAAGGAUGAAUCUGCGUUUAUCCCACUGUGAGGGAAGGUUGGAUUCAUAGAUGCACUGAUAACACUGAUGCCAACUAUUAUUUUAUAUAAAAAAACUCCCCCUGAGAAUGCAAGCUCCUAUCGAAUAGGCAAGAAGGAAGGGAAGGCACUUGCGAGAGCUUAGAUCCGUAUGAGGAAAAAUAAGUUGUGAUAGAAAGAGUUGUGAAAGAAAAAGCUGCAAGAGUAAGCGCUCCUCUUGGAAUUGAAGCAGUUCCCGAAUCAGCUCUUAGGACAACUAGGCUUAUUUGCGCAAUUGAAUCAAUAGUUAACCCACGCACAAAAUAGGCAGCUUGAGAAGAAGCUCUAAGCCUUGACGCUCUGAGAAUUAUCCUUUCCGGUGUGAUUGAAUCACUAACCGCUGCGAGAGUCAGCUUCUUCAAUCCUUUGAAACUUAGGAAAGUAAAGUGAUAGCCGAGACCCAAAGAUCUCCUAUUUUUAUGCUUAAAGAGAGGCAGGGGGCCUAGCGAGCAGUCUAGCUAGAUCCGAGCUACUCAUACGCUGUCUUAGUUCCCGCUCUUGGUGCAAUAAAAGCUGUUCGGGCUCUUUAACUCCUAAAUUCAGGCAGUGAGCUUGCUUUGCCAAAUAAUAUGUAUUAAGCGGUUACUCCGAUUAAACCACGGGGAAAGGAAGGUGCGAAGCCCGAUUGACCUAAUAAAGAUUGCCAUAUUGCCCUUUCUCAAGAUGAGACAGUUGGGAUGGAACUUGAACGGGGUUCAUUUGCCAAAGUUGGAGAAUCCAACCAGCUGCUGUGGGAAUAGUGCCUCACGUUCCACUGAACGCUGGGGAAGGAAGUGACAUAGUUUUUUUACGAGUAGUAGGGGUAUGCUUUAUCUAUCUUAUUGGCUUAAGCAUCCUAUUAUUAUUGAUUUUUAUCCAAUUAUAAUCAUAUUUUCAACAUUAGCACAAGAGCAGAUAGGAUGGAGACGGGUCUCAACAAGCAGGGCAGGAGAGAUUACCUGCUCCGAUAACAACUGAAACUUUUCCUAUUCGUGUAGCCAGGAGGAAUGCAAAGAUGCCCCGUUCACUUGAAUAGGAACUGGAAAGACUUAAGAUACGAAUUAGAAGAAGCAGUACUUUCUAUCCUUCGGACCCUUGCUUUGGGGGAUAUCACUGCCCGAGAAGAUCAUCUGCAAUGACAUUUUAAUAAUCCAAGGGCAACUACUGGCUCUAAGCCUAUCUGCUGUUGAAUAACCAACCGGUGCCAGUCUUUUCUGUUACAGUAAGAGCUGUUGAGUAAAGCUCUGGUCCUAUCCGCUGCUGGUGGUGAAGUCAGUGAAUCAGUCCCCAAGCUUUCUUCCUUCAAAGAAUAAAUUUUGUCAUUACGAACUAAGACCGAAGGCAGGUGCAGUUAAUAGAGCAAUGUGCAGGUUGGGCUUUUUCAAGGAUUGCAAGCUCCAAGCAUAGCUAGAAUAUGAGAAUAGGGCCUUUGUUGCCACGCCAGCAUAUGCUAGGCAGGAUUAGAUUGAGCAGUAUAAAGGUGACUUUCUUGGCACCGGGGAUUGCCAUUUACAUUUGACUCCUUUUGGUAAGGCAAGGCAACCCUUUAUUAGAAUUAGAUUAGGACCGCUUCUCCGAUGAGAUGAUAGAUGCCUUUGGCCGAUUCCCUUGUCAUCUCGCCCUCCCCGCUCAAACUCAAAGUCUGUCUUAAAAUAGAGGGAGAGGGAGCUCCAGAGCUCUUCCCUUUGGGACACGUGAACUCCACUCUUGGCAACUGCCCUCUGCUGUAGCAAAAGUACCUUAAAGAUAAGAAAGAGGGUCGGGCCAAGAUCGCCAUUCCGAAUGUUGAAGAAUGGGACUAUACUUAGUCAUUGCCGUAAAAAAUCCAGAUGGAAGAUUUUUCUACCUCAGAAGCGAAAGUUAUAAAAAAAUGUGAAAGCCGAAUCUCAGGUUCCUAGAUAACAGAUAGGCGCACAGUAAAUAGGCGCGUUGACUCAGUCUAAGAAGCAUGGCGACGGUCGAGCGCUCUCUCCAAGACCAACAACAGGCCUCCCCGAAGGACUGAAGGACAAAUGUCGGUUAGAGAGGCAUAGGUUUUUAUAGUCCAGGUAGGCUAUAUGAAAGAAGGGGAUAAAUUGCUCUAAAUUUAAUACGGUAAUAUCCCUUCACGCUGCUGCCGCGAAAGCAAACCAAUUCUACGAGGACCUGCGCCCUAUAUAAAUCAGUACUUCUCUCUCCGACUUCCUGCACCUACCCGGACCCUGCAAAAAUUAGACUGAAGUUCGGUACGGCUUGGGGUAAGGCUAAGCCAAGCUACCACCUACCCCUCGCUUGAGGUAUCUUGCGAUAGGUAGUUGCCCUUCUUGGCCGAGAGCAUACAUAAAUGAUGUGGUCCCCGGAUGUUGUUACGAAUACUUAUUAUAUAGGAGAUUUUUCUUUUGUAUUGUGAUGAGGAAGUAAACUAUAGAGAUCGAGGUUAAGAUCAAAACAGACUCUUUGACUAAGGCUUGUCGCUUCGACCUAGUAAGCCAGUCCCUCUACCUCUUCCGCAUGCUGGUAUGUCUUCCCGUCUGCAAGACCCAGCUAAAGCGAAUCUCAUCUUCAUGAAGUUUUCUGGGGACUCUAUCUUUACUUGUAGUUCGUCACUUGUUGGCAAGGGCAAGGGCUUCGGUGUAAGCACCAGUUCGAACUCUGACUUAGAAUCAGACCUUAUCUCUCUCUCAAUAAUUGGAAGUUUGAUCCAAUCAACCACUAAUGACCAAAAAAUGUUCCAACCACGCAUAAGUGUGAAGGAUUGAAUCCUGUAAUAGAUUUUAUAUAGAAGAGUCUUAGAAAAGGGCACUGGUUCACGCAUUUCGGGUUGAUUCCUCUUACCUCUAGAAAGAUAAAUAAAUGUAAGGGGGUACUUCACCGAAUGGAGCGAUAGGUCAAGUAUGGGACGUUCAGUAAACAAUCCCUUAGCUCAAGUCCUCGGAGAUACCCAACAGGGAGCGGAGAAGGCUGAGGCGGAGACGGAGCCGCCCGCUUUGGAAUGGAAGCGUCAACGCAAGAAAAAUAAAAGCCAAAAACGUGAAGUAGAGGGAUGGGAUCCCAUCCUGACGGAUGAGCCGCUCCCUCCCCCGGUUAACUACCACUACCCGGUCUGACCUUUUAAUUGAUAGCUUCCGCUGGAGCACUUGCCUUCGUGAUGAAUCCCUUGAGCUUUUACUAUCUUUUUGCUUCUUCUUGCUAGCCUUCGAUUGUAUGGUUUCCUGUAUCGCUCUUGUCAAGCUCCAGCCCGAUCCCUGUGAUCUCAUCUCGUACUUGGCCUUCCCCCUCUCUUUCUCUUCGUCCCGGGAUAGAGCCUUUCACUAAAGGGAAGGUUCCCGAGCUUGGCCGAAAAAAAUCCUGGAAGUAGCACUGCUUUGGCGAAAAAUAGGCAAGACAUAUCUGAGUAGCGCUGCCUGAACGAAGCGUGGGCGUAAAGCAUCAAGUGGAGGCGCCGAAUCCUUGCAAGAGGGGGGCAGACCGGUCAAAGCCAAGUCCAGACGAGCUGGCCAAAAGGCAUAGGGCCAAGGCUGAGCUGGCAGGCUCAUCUCACUUAUUGUGUGCUUUGUUGGAAUAGAGUGACAUCAAGGGAAAGUGCACUUUAUCUCGAUUCCUCUCUUUCUACAACUCUUUCUUUCCAACCCACAGCUCAGCCCCUUAGGCAUCAAGGUCGGAAACCCCAAGGGUCGGGCCUCAACCGAUCUACUGAUAAGGUAAGGGGAAAGACAACUUAAUAAAUAGGUCUAUCCUAUAAAGACGGGCUAGAGUAAACGCCAAGCGCUGGCCCAUUAGUGGGUUCAAUUCCUGCUUGCCUUUUAUUUUCAAUUGAAAGAGUAGUCUCGAUCCUAUUGAACAUAAGCUAUAUCACAGGGAGUAAGUAGAUCAUGAUCGGAGGGGACGACCGGAUAAAGAUAAGUCAAGGAGGACCCGAAGAGGAAGGAAGAGCGGUCCGUCCUAAACGAAGAGCGGUCGCUGAGAGCGAAAUGAACUUAUUUGGCCGGAGGGGGCCACGGGAUUAGACUCUCGAUGUAUUAUUACAUUUCUAGCGGGAGGAGAGUAGCCCCGAAAGAAGUCGGUCCUAGCGAAAACACAUAAUACAGCUUAUGGCCGAGAGUGUCAUGAAAGAAAGGUCAGUCUGCACAGGCGGGACGUGACAUUAAUAGACAGGUCAAACUGCUACAUCGUCUGAUUUUCACUCGGAUGACGUAAUAAAUUUUUUUUUAUAUCAGUGUGCAGCAGCCCCUAUGACAGAAUUGAACAUCAGAUAUAUCACAUCCAUAAAAAGAUUAAAAACAGUCGGUUAUGAGAGCAGCACUUUUCCUUGCGGGGGCCCCGUCUCCCAUCGGUGCGCUGGAGACGAUUCUUUCUGUAUCUUCGGCUUCGUCUUCUCCUACACUGAUUAGUCUAGUUUUGUUUGCCCCCGGAGAGUAUCACCGUGAAUAAUUACUCAUAUAUAUCAGCCAGAGAAGCUUGUGACUCAUACACUAUCAACCAUAGUGUAUACCAGAAAGAAACUUCGUCUAACACCAGAUCUUGUUGAAGCUCAGCCAGGACCUGAAAGAGAUCAGUAAACCAACGCUUCUCCCUCUCCAGACUCAAGCCAUGAUCCAGUUCCAGACAACAUGCCUGAGGUAGGCCAUUAUUCCUCUCGUCCUGUUCAAGGCUUUGCUCAAGAAUAAAUAUUGGAUAGAUUGGGAGGAAACCUUAACUUCAGUUUGUGAAGAUUAGGACUUUACUGGCUAUUGCUGCAUCAAAGAAGUGGUCCCUAUACCAGCUAGAUGUUCAAAAUACCAUACCUUCCUACACGGAGAAAACAUAUUAGUAGGAUCCACCCCAUGUGAUCCGUCAUUCAGUGCAAUAAGACGGCCCAUAGCAAUGAAUGUUUAAAUAAGAUUCACUUCGUUCUGUACGGGAUAAGGAGCGAAAAGCGCAGCAUGGCAAUCGGAGACAAGUCAAGUUCAGUAAGAAAUUGGAUAGAUAGAUUCGUGAGUAGUGUAAUCAUAAAAGCCCACGGAGCGGUGACUUAAUUGGUAAUCUACUCUUCUUUGUUACCGGAGAUCGUCUCCUCGGCUGUUAGGUUCAGUGUUCAUCGUCACUUGAGUACAAGUACAUGAUGGUCGUCCUAUGAGUGAAUGCGCUUCAGUCUAAGGUAAAAAUAGCUUGAGCUGAGAAAGUUGUAAGGCUCCAAGCCUAGGGUUUAAGCGGAUGCCCCAAGGCUCUCUUCGUAAUGGCUGGACGCUAAUGGAUUGGACGACAGGUACGAGAAGUUCACUGCCAGGAUAUAACCAUUCUUGUCCCGAAUAAAAGCAGAUGUUGAUGACCGGAUCGGCAACGGACGUUGACGAGCAAGAUCCCUCUGCCCUUGAGUGGCUUUUCUCUUUUGGUUGUGGAUUGCGUGCAGCUUGACUUCUUUCUUCCACAUAGGCUAGCUUCCUCCUUGUGGCGAACUAGACUGAAAAUUGUGUAUAUUAUAUAAAGACAGAGUCUUACCUUUUUUCAAAAAGAAGAGUCACGCUCUUUAAAAGCCCCUAUUCGACGAUGACUUAAGCCUAUCUUCUUUCUUUACUUUAAAAAGGGCUUUUUUCGGUAUACCGCUCUCCGAAGAGAGCCUGUGAUAUCUUUUGUCUUUUUCCCAUGCAUCCUUUC